GUGGGCUGGUUUUGUGCGCGGUCACGUAGCUCUGCGGCACAGAAGCUCGCUUCCAAGGAAGAGCAUCGUUCAUCGGACGGCAACCGCUCAGCUUCGCGCUUCAAUUGCCCCUUACUGCUGCCUCCAGGAUGACACACCAGUACCCCGCCCUCUCCACAGAGCAGAAGAAGGAGCUGCAUGACAUUGCCCAGCGUAUCGUGGCUCCUGGGAAGGGCAUCCUAGCAGCUGAUGAAUCAGUGGGAAGCAUGGCAAAGCGCCUGAACCAGAUUGGUGUAGAGAACACAGAGGAGAACCGUCGCCGUUAUCGUCAGCUUCUCUUCAGUGCCGAUGAGCGUAUCGACAGCUGCAUCGGGGGCGUCAUCUUCUUCCAUGAGACACUGUACCAGAAUUCUGACGAUGGCACCUCCUUUGCCAAAAUGAUCAAGGACAGGGGCAUUGUUGUGGGCAUCAAGGUUGACAAGGGAGUAGUGCCUCUGGCAGGGACUGAUGGAGAGACUACUACCCAAGGACUGGAUGGAUUAGCGGAGCGCUGUGCCCAGUACAAGAAGGAUGGUGCUGACUUUGCCAAGUGGCGCUGCGUGCUUAAGAUCAGUGAACAUACUCCUUCCCAGCUAGCCAUCAUGGAGAAUGCCAAUGUUCUGGCUCGCUAUGCAAGCAUCUGCCAACAGAAUGGAAUAGUUCCCAUUGUGGAGCCUGAAAUUCUGCCUGAUGGAGACCAUGAUCUUAAACGCUGCCAGUAUGUCACAGAAAAGGUCCUGGCUGCAGUGUACAAGGCCCUGUCAGACCACCACGUCUACCUGGAGGGCACCCUGCUGAAGCCAAACAUGGUGACCCCCGGCCAUGCUUGCCCCAGCAAGUGCAGCUCUCAAGAGGUUGCCAUGGCAACUGUUACUGCCCUGCGUCGCACUGUGCCCCCUGCUGUCCCAGGUGUGACCUUCCUCUCUGGGGGUCAGAGCGAGGAAGAGGCCUCCAUCAACCUAAAUGCCAUUAACACCUGCCCUCUGGGAAAGCCCUGGGCACUCACCUUCUCCUAUGGACGUGCCCUGCAGGCCUCUGCUCUCAAUGCUUGGCGUGGGCAGAAGGAGAAUGAGAAGGCUGCUACUGAGGAGUUCAUCAAGCGAGCUGAGGUGAAUGGUCUGGCUGCACUGGGCAAGUAUAUUUCCAGCGGUGACGGCAGUGGAGCUGCUGGCCAGUCCCUCUACGUUGCAAACCAUGCCUACUGAAUGAAUGACCCAGUCACAGCCACAUUCCAGCUUCCGUCGACCAAUAGUAUCUUCCACUGCUGCUAGGUGUUUUCAGUGUCACCUACCAAUCACAGGCCUGCGCUGUCUUCUGUACUUUACAGUUACUAUCAUGUGUUCUAAUAUAUGUAUUUUCAGAGAAUCGGUAACUACAUUGCCAGCUUCAGAGGUGGUUUUGAUGAGAGGAGAAACAACUGCAGAGAGAGCUGAUUAGAUUGUAGUAAUGACUUAUUUUCUGCUUUUCAGUUUCUCUUUACAUGUACCGGGCAGAAUGGUUUUACUAGGUCUAAGCACUGAGAACGUAAUCCAGAAACAAGCAGUUUAUACUGUUUCACUUGACAGUGGAGUUUUGAUGUCCUGUCCUAAUUAUCCAGCAGUUCUGCAGCUGAGGGAAAGAGGCAGACCUGCCAGUCAAAUUAUAGCACUAGAUACAGCAGUUGUAACUUAGAAGGAACAACCAUAAGGCUAAAUAAUUAAGCACUAACAACCUGAUGUUGCGUUUCUUCUCAAUGUUUGACAACCAAGUUUGGAAAUGUCUGGGCUUAGCUAAAGGAAAUUAACCUGUCAAAGUGAAAAUUAUAGGCACACAGUAUUGUACAACAGUGUAGAAUUGUAUGUGUGAUGCUUUUUGUGUGCAGGUCAACCCUGCCUCUUCCCCCAUGCCACACACCAGCGGCUUAAUGAUCCAUAGGCCCAGAACUUGGCAUCUGACACCCAGGGCUGCAACUCUUGGGUUGUGACAGAUUAGAGAAUUCCUUGACUGGGUCAGGAACUACCCCUGCCAUGUGGGAGUGCUGUAACUCUGUGAUUGCUGUGUUGUCCUCCUUGCACCUGGUGUAACAAAUAGUGAAGAAAAUAAAUUAUAUAUGUAGAAA